AGGGACGCGGUCAUUCAAGGGGACAAUAAUCAUUCAAACUUUGUCCUCAGUGCAAACAAGUUCAAAAUAAGAAACAGUGUUAAACUUCAGUGGUGUUCAAAAAAAAAAAAUUAUAUAAUAUGACUUCGAAAAGAGUUAAUAAAAAAUAUUCAUUAAUUAUCUAUACUGAUGGUAGUAAUUAUAGGGAUAUUUUGACAAAUGAUUGUAUUAAAUUAAAAAGUGAAUAUUCUCCAUUAGGAGAAGUUUCAAUUGAGGACAUGAUUCUUCCAUUGAGAAUAAUAAAGAGUUCCGAUAAUUUUGAUAUUUUAGAGACUAUGUUAAAGGAAUCUUAUAAAAAACGUAAUUUACCACUUGUUGUAAAAAAAAUUAAUAAAACACAAUCUAAAAAUGAAGAAAUCGAAAUAAUUUGUGAGAAAACUGUUAAAGAAUAUCCCUACAUGAUUUCACAGGGCAAGGUUGAAUUGGUAUCAAAAUCAAAUGUAUGGAUUUUUGAAAGUGAUUUAAUGAUUAUUGAACAAAUGUUUUCAUCAAGAGGAAGAAGAGGUUAUCAGCAAAAAUUAAUAAAUUGUUUGUUAAAUAAAUUAAUUGGUUAUGAAAAAUUUAAAAAAAUUACUCGAUGUAGUUUUACUAAAUUGCAGGGUUUACCCGAUGCAAUUGAAAAAUUUUUAGAACAAAACUCUAUUGCUGAAGAUGAGUUUUCAAGUUUUAAAAAAUAUCUCGAACAAGCUACAAGUUCACGAAAAAUUAGUAACAAACUCUACAAAAUUCUCCCCGUUCUGGAAACCGUCGAAGGAAGAAUUGAAGAAAACGAAGAAGUAAUGGAAAAUGAUAAACAAAAGCGAACAACUUAUUGUUUUGGAAAAGGAUUUGGAAAAAAGGUAGAACUUUUACCAAAUUCAAAUGUUUGGAUAAAAACGAAACACUUGAAUUUUAUUGAUGAAAUCACUGCAGGAAUCGAUGUGAAUGUAAAAAAACUUACAUUUUUCCUUCUAACGACUUUAUUAGGAAGUAAUAAUGUAAAAUACGUAAAAAUUGAUACCAAACAUUGGAUUCAAAUUCCUCGAAUCGUCUAUUCAACAAUUUUUAAAUUCAUCAAUGAAAAAUCAAAGAAAAAUUCACAAAUUACGGAAGAAAAAUUUGACAAAAACAUACAAGUUAUUUAUGAAUAUUCAAGGCAAAUUAUUUUGGGAAAAAUACAACAACACAUGGUGAUAAAAAUGUUCAAUGAAAUUGAAACUAGUGUUCCAAUUUUUAAAAAUGAAGAAAUUUCACCAAAAAAUCAAUCUAUUGUCAAUGAAACAAAAUUGACUGAUAAAAAUUGUACAAUUUCUACUGAUGUGAAUUUAAAAGAAGAAAAACUCAUCGAAGACAAUAUUUCCAUUUUAAAAACUAUAAAUUUAGAAAAAGUUGAAAAUUCAUUGAAUCAAAAUGAGAUUAAAGAUAUAAAUUUCAAUGAUAAGGAAAAUUUACAAUUUAACGAAAAUUUAACUAAACAAUCAAUUUCCAAUAAAGUAAUAUUAAAAAAAAUUGACAAACAAAUUGAUGAAAAUAAAUUAAAAAUUUUAUUUUCUAACAAUGUUAAUUAUUUGUACAAUAAAUUAGUAAAAUCAUCAGAAUUUAUUCCAUUGAAAUCGUCAAUGUUGUGUGAAACAAAUUUUUUAUCAAAUUCCAUAACAACAAUGGCAAAUAAUUUUCAUUUUAUCAAUUCUAAUUCAAUUACACCAGUAAUAAUGCAAAAUAAACGAAAAAUUGCAAAUGUGGAAAAUAAUUUCUAUGACAAUAAAAAACGUCAAAAAAUUUAUUUAAGCAAUGAAUGUGAAUACAAUAAAAAAUAUUCUUGGCGAUAUAGACAAUAUGACACAGAAAAUUCUUCAGGUUAUGAAUUUUGCAAUGAUCCAUUUAUUCUUAAAAAUUCAUAUCCUUCACUUUUGCAUACAAUGUAGUUUGCAAUUUGGAUUUUAUAUUUUUUUUCAUACUUGCCAAAAUACAACUACAGUGAGAUUAAUUAAUUUUUCAAUUAUUAUAAUUAAAUAUUAAUAUUUGCCAAAAAAAAAAAAAAUUAUUGAAAUUUAUAUCUUUGCCAAAAAAUAA